UGGCUGGAAAAAUAGCUUGACAUGCAAAGUGGGGAACUAUUGCACUAAACUGAGAAAAGCUGGAUGUGCAGAAGUUGCUCUAAAUCGGGGGGGAAAGGCACCCCGGAAAUGGCAUCAAAAGGCCUCAAAAGACCAAAACGGUUUGAGGUCAAUUACUUAUCAGACCUCCCUGAGGGGCAGAAUGAAGAUAGACUAGAGGUUGAAAGAAAGUUCAUGGUUGAAGAAAUGAAAAAACGUAACCCCAGUGGAACUGUCAUUGCAUCUAAGAUGGACCAGACCUUCCCACUGCGGAGACGGGAGAUUUUGGAGGCUGAACCUCCAGUGAAAACCCUGAAGGAGCGCCUGCCAGCUCUUUUUACAGAGAGACAAGUAUUUACUGAGAACAACAGAAUAGCUACAACAAACCUGGAGAAUUACUUUUUUGGUGCUGUUGACUGCUACACACCACACUUUGUCACCAUCUUCAAGUCCAAGAAAGGAAGUGUUGGAGAGAAACUGGCUGAGAUUGUGCAGAAAAUUGAUUCAAGGAAACCAGAUGUGACAGCAGUGUGUACCCUUGUUCUCCAAGGUGUCCCUGUUCUGCUUGGUGACGACCCCAGUAACUUCUACAACACCUCCUUUGAUUCUGACAGUGACGAGGCCUGGGCCCAGGUAUCUGUGGAUUCCUGACUAUCAUCAGUGAAGAUGCGCCUAUCUCUCCAAAUCAUCUCCAUCUUGACCCAGUGUCUACUGCCAUCAUUCUUGAAGGAGGUAUUGUAAUGGACAGUCUCCAGAACCUACCUCAAGCACUUUGCCUCUUGUUUGGGUUGUCCUAUGCACUACACUUGGACUACCCUAAAGCCAUGAAGAACACAUUCAACUUCAUUCAACGAGUGAUGCUUGGCCUGGGAGGCAACAAACUCCCCCCCAAACUUCAAACUUUUAAAAAUCUCCUGUUGAGUUAGGAUGGUAAAAAUCAAGAGUGACAUUUGGUAUACAAUUUUGUUUAUAAAAGUAGGUCUAGCUGCUUUUAAUUGUCAAUAUUGUUUUUUAUCAGCCACCGGGUCCAUCAGCAAGUUACAUUUAGAGGCUGCAGGUGUAUGGUCAUUCAUACGUGUGUGAGAUUGGUUGCCAUAGUUAUAUACUAACUGGAUGUCACUUGUACUUAGGGUUAGGCAGGUUGAUUCUGUCAUCACUUGAUUCUUAACCAAGUUUGGUCUUUAAACUUUGUUAUUACAGAAGUAAAGCACUUGUUCAGGAUUAUCUUAAAAUAAAGGUCAGGGUGGGAAUUUCUUUCCACAAAUGACAAAUGCAUGUCUUUUUAUAAAGCCAAGUACAUUGGCUGCCAAUUAUUACUAGAAGAUUUUUGAAGAACAAUUUUGGUACCGAUGUGUAUAUAAGCAGUGUAUACAAACAUUCAGUCCAACAGAGUUCGUUGUUCACACCCCUUGGUGUUGCUUUCACUCUAUGCUUUUGAAAAAUGUUUUUAUUUUUCAUAUUGUAUGGCAGUGAAUUAGGCAUGUGUGUGUGUUCUGGUUCUGUGAGAAGAGGUGUUCUGUGGUCGGCACUAAUACCUUGACAUUGAUCAUUUUAGUCUGAAUGUUGUCUUCAAGUGGUACUGAUCACUUAUAGUAACGACUAACAUUUUAAUCUCCUCAAAACCAAUUAGUAUCUCUACCAGCUGUCUCAGGUGCAGAUUUGACUGUACCAUAUACACUCAUAAA